CCCGCCCCCUAUUGAAACGCGGCGGCUGCGGGCUUGGAGGUUGCAGAGCGAGGUCGCGGAGCCGGUGCGGGGGGGUGGGUCGGAAGGCGGCAGCAGUAGCUUUUUUGCCCCAGCGGCCUCUGCCCUUCGCUACCCCGCAAGGAUGUCAUCCGUGCCGGAAGCGGCCGUCGGAGAUGAGCCGAAACAAGCGAAGGAGAUGGAGGACGCCGAGAAAUACUCUUUCAUGUCCACCCUCACCAAGGCGCCCAAGAAGCAAAUCCAGUUUGCAGAUGAUAUGCAAGAAUUCACCAAGUUCCCAACCAAGACUGGUCGCAGGUCCCUAUCUCGUUCCAUUUCACAGUCUUCCACUGAUAGCUAUAGUUCUGCGGCAUCCUACACAGACAGCUCCGAUGAUGAAGUUUCCCCUCGAGAAAAGCAGCAAACUAAUUCCAAGGGCAGCAGCAAUUUCUGUGUUAAAAAUAUCAAGCAGGCAGAGUUUGGGCGCCGAGAAAUAGAAAUAGCAGAGCAAGACAUGUCUGCCCUGAUUUCGCUAAGAAAACGAGCUCAGGGGGAAAAGCCUUUAGCUGGAGCUAAAAUUGUAGGAUGUACUCACAUUACAGCGCAGACCGCGGUAUUGAUUGAGUCACUAUGUGCACUAGGAGCUCAGUGCCGUUGGUCUGCUUGCAAUAUUUAUUCCACACAGAAUGAGGUGGCUGCUGCAUUGGCUGAGGCUGGUGUUGCUGUGUUUGCCUGGAAGGGGGAGUCUGAGGAUGAUUUUUGGUGGUGCAUUGACCGCUGUGUUAAUGUGGAUGGAUGGCAGGCCAACAUGAUCUUGGAUGAUGGAGGAGACCUGACCCACUGGGUUUAUAAGAAAUAUCCAAAUGUAUUUAAGAAGAUCAGAGGGAUUGUUGAAGAAAGUGUGACGGGUGUGCACAGAUUAUAUCAGCUGUCAAAGGCUGGGAAACUGUGUGUUCCAGCCAUGAAUGUCAAUGACUCUGUCACUAAACAGAAAUUUGAUAACUUGUACUGUUGCAGAGAGUCCAUUUUAGACGGCCUGAAGAGGACAACUGAUGUGAUGUUUGGAGGGAAGCAAGUGGUGGUGUGUGGCUAUGGUGAGGUUGGAAAGGGAUGUUGUGCAGCUCUGAAAGCCUUAGGCGCUAUAGUUUACAUCACAGAGAUUGAUCCCAUCUGUGCUCUUCAAGCUUGCAUGGAUGGGUUUCGCGUAGUGAAGCUCAAUGAAGUCAUUCGCCAGGUGGAUGUGGUCAUAACUUGUACAGGAAAUAAGAAUGUAGUGACUAGAGAGCACUUGGACAGAAUGAAGAAUAGCUGCAUUGUGUGUAAUAUGGGUCAUUCCAAUACAGAAAUUGAUGUGGCCAGUCUGCGUACCCCAGAGCUGACUUGGGAACGUGUACGUUCCCAGGUGGAUCAUGUAAUCUGGCCUGAUGGCAAGCGUGUUGUCCUGCUAGCGGAGGGUCGACUUCUCAAUCUGAGCUGUUCAACAGUUCCCACCUUUGUUCUGUCAAUCACAGCCACCACUCAGGCUCUGGCUUUGAUUGAGCUUUACAAUGCUCCUGAGGGACGAUAUAAACAAGAUGUGUACCUGCUGCCUAAAAAAAUGGAUGAAUAUGUUGCCAGCUUGCACCUGCCUUCAUUUGAUGCCCACCUGACAGAACUAACAGAUGAUCAAGCGAAAUAUCUGGGCCUCAAUAAAAAUGGGCCAUUUAAACCAAACUAUUACAGGUACUGAUGGACCAUAAUGCUGAAGGACCAGACCACAUGCUCAAGACAAGAGCUUUAGCAAAAAUAUGUUUAAAGAACUUAUUUUUGUUUUUCUUUCUGAAAUGUUUUUAUUUCUUUAUGUGAUCUUAUUGUUCUUUUUCAUUCUGGUUUUUAAAAAUAUUAUUUCCAUGUCUGUAUCUGACCCUGCAAGACAACCUGGGAUUUCCCUGCUGCAUCAACACUGAAAAAGUGUGGUCUCAUCCCCUUAACUCUCUUGCUAAUGGGAGGAUUUCUUUUGGCAAUUGAGAGCUUUCAUUUCCUGUGGCGAUUUUCUUUUAAUUUAAACCUUUCCCAAGCACCUUAGUUCUAGUUAAUGUAUCUAAGAAAUAUUAAGAGUACUAUUUUUUUCUGUAUGGAAAAUUCUAAAUUGCCUUAAUGAGCCCCAGUUUGUUAGCUGCUAGAUCAAUGCUCCCCUUCCUGCACUGGAACAGAUUUGACACCUUGUGGCCACCUAAGAUAGAAGCAUGUCUUCAACAAAGGCUAACCCUGAUGCUAAUUGUGUUAUCUGGGGGAGAGGGGAGUCCUUUUACUUUCAGUGGAACAAUUGCAAUCAGCUAUAUUAUUUUUUCUACAUGAAACUUGUAGUUGCAUACACAAAGUCUAGGUGGAUGUUAGUUCCUUUUUUUUGAGAAGUUAGGGUGCUAAUUUGAAUGGAUAUUGCCUAUCCACUCUCUUUGCCUUUCUGUAACUUUGAUUUUAGAUUUCUUUCUUUAACACAAGAUGUAUUAAUAUCCCAUUUUAAAAGAUACUUAGUGAGUAUUGCUUUUCUCCUUAUUGGGACAAUUUUAAGCAGAAUAUGUUAGCGACUGCAUUACAGAACUAUUAGUGCCCACUCCCAGUAGUCCUUAUGAGCUGAAAUGGUACCUUCUGUCCUCCAUCCCUUCUCUUGCAUUGCACAGGCAAUAUUUAGAUUAUGUAGCAGCUCUAGUUUUUCAAAUCUUUCAAAGACUGAUUCAUUGUGUAAAGCAUUCCCUCCAUCUUCAGGCUCCAUUUGUAGCAAAUGAAUAUUGAAGGUGGAAUUCCUUCCCAUUGGCACUGCUAUUUUGAGUGCUCUGCUGCUUUUAAUUACCUUAUAUCUGUAGGCUAGCAUAUUCUGUUGAAGUACAUGAUGCACUGUAUCUGUCCUGUGAGAUCACAGUGUUGCUCAGUUUUCAUAUUUUAGUGCCAUAAAAAAAGUGAAAGUUUUAGCACCUCAGAAGCACACAAUCAGCUAAGAGUGGUUCAGGCAAGUAUGUUUAGGUAAAUCUUAAUGAUUCACCCUUGUUCUGACAUCUCAGUGGGCAGUAGUGUCAAGAGACUACUGUGAAGCAUGGUGAAUGCAUGACCAUCCUUGAACUUUCUGCCUUUUAAGUAAACUCUGCAGAAAACUUGAUGUAAAUACUGAAUAUGACAUUCCUAACUCCACCAUAAUGUAGUGUGUCCGACACUUGUAUGACCCAUGCUGGGUUUGAUAGGCUGUAGUCUCCUUGAUGGUCCUCCAUUGAGAACAGUCUGUGAUUUGAAGAGCCACUCAGCCACUAAACCUUUGCACAUUCCUAAUGCCAGCUGUACAAUUCUCAAAUUGUUAAAAUACCCAUACCAAAUAGCUAUACAUUGGCAACUAAGCCUUUCCCAAUAUUCCAGACAAUAACUCUGACUUGAUACAGGGGCUCUCUCUCCCUUCAAAUUCUCAGAAUUUUAUUUACUUUCAUUUAAGUUUGGCCAUGCCAAAUGACCUCUUUUUUUGUUAGUAUAAUGAGCCCAGAACUCACUCUGUGUGUGUUUCCUUUCAGUUGUUCCUUUAAUCUUAGUUUGGCACAUACCAGGGUGGCUUGUUUUUUUGUUUUUUUUUCCCCAUUUUUUAAUUGCAUAGCUCUAAUACCACAAGUUCUGAUCCCAGAACUGGCUUGGAUUCCUCUAAGCCAUGCUGAGAGCAUAUUUCCAGAAGUCCUUCAUGGAGCCCAUGAGGGAUCUUUCAUUCCAUUUGUCUGCCUCUGUGUUGCAGUGUCAAUAGAUACCUUAGCUAAGGGCUCCAUCUCUGUAUAAGCCAUGAAAUAUACUCUCAUGCCUGGCAACACCUCAGCUCAGUCAGAGGGAGCAUGUUAUAGCGUCAACCCAGAUGGGGAUAGGUUUAUUUUGUAUAUGAAUGAUUUUUAAUGAAUGCAAUAUUAAUCCUUGCAAAUGAGCAAUAAAUCAUUACGCAAAGUCUAAAUAAAACAAUUAGAAAAACUCA